AUGUUUAUUUCUUUAAAGUUACAAUGGAUUCAUUCACAAAACUUCCAAGGAGACUAUUCUACGCGAGCACGGUUUACUGCUAGUACGCAGUUGAAUGACAACCUCACGCCACCAUUUAAAGAAAUGACAUGGGCUGAAGAUGAUGCUAAACAAGAAGUUGUCAAUUCAAUUCGUGAACAAAAACUGAUUGGUUCAUCUGGUAAUCCACGCGUAAAUUCUGAAAUGCAUGAACUUCUAGGACAUUGUAUAAAACGAUGUAAUCCAAAGCUGAAAGAGGCUUGCUGCUCCCAGUUUCAUGUAUGUGGAUUAACGUAUAGAUGUUUGACAAAAUCUAAUCUCAAUAAUCCCGGGGAAAGCGAGACUUCUUCGUUGUUGCGUCUAUUCAUAAAGGCCCCAUUGGCCCCAUUGGCUUUUGUUUCCGUGCUUUGCUGUAUUUACAGAUGUUGCAAAGCACAUAAACAACCCAAUAGCAUCAUACAGAGUAGCAAUCAUAUAACAAGUCGAUCCUCCAAUGUGCUACAAACGAAUUUCAUUCGAGCUCCUACGUCGUUAUAUACACCUGAACCUGUUAAUCAAUCGCUUUCUCUCUCGAUAUCACCUGCUGUCUCUGAGCAACACUCUUCCCUUUUACCACCAGCAUACAACGAAUUAUUGCGACAGGAAUCGAUUAGAACCGAAGAACCACCUACACCACCGCCAACCUAUGAGGUUUUUAUCAAGAAAACAAUUGAAAAUUGA